UAUACCUGCCGCUUCUUUGUGAAAUGCGAAUCCACCUCGCUAGUCUUUGCAGGUAUGCUGUGAAACGUUUUGGCAGGAACUUCGUUUUUCGUUCAGGUAUUGCCACAUCUUCCAAUCAGGUUUAUGCCUAGCAAACGCGGAGACUGCAGAUUGAAACCACGUUUCUGCCGCGGCGCAAGUGCAACGCGAGUUCUAUUCUGCACUUCCCCUCUAUGCGCCUUUCUCUGCGGAUUUAGGGAUUUCAUCGAUUUGCUUUUCUGUGCACGAUGGCGCGUCUCGUACGGCUAUCGGGUGCAGCCUUGCUUGUGUUCAUCAGUGUUGCCGUCACUUCGUUCCGACCUUUUGACAUAGAUAGCCUCGCAGGAGAAGAGGGCCUGACGGACACACCUCUCGUUAUUUUUGGAGCUGCGAAAAUUCGCGGUCCACUGGCACGAGCAGCUCGAAGGGGGGUUGCCAAAUUGGGACGCAAUGUGACUAAGACUGUCCGCCGGAUUGGCCGCCAGACAGGCCUUCGACUACUACGCGAAUCAGGGGGACACAAACCUACGGAUUCCCACCCCUCUACUAACGAGGAACAACCGGCAGUUGUUCCAGCGGUGGAAGAGUUCCUAAGCAGAGACAGCCGACAGCAACAUAAAAGUCGACCAGCUUUGUUCGACAGGAAAGGGUUAGAGCUCGGUACACUGCGUCCAUCAGGUUCCGUUAGCGCACAUAACAAGGAAGACGCGAUUACAACAAAAACCGAAGGCUCGCACGGCACAACAAAGUCGGAGAAGAAACAACGCCCGCGUUAUGUUGGCCAGACAACGGUUGUUGUGGACGGCGACGAAGAUGCUACGAAGAACAACAUUUUCCCUCUGCGGCGGCUCCAGACCACUUUUACACCGGUCACUCAAGAGGCAACUCAAGGACCGCGGUACUCUUCCAGACAAAGCUAUGGAACUGUUCCCUCGUAUAAUGGCCACUCCGAUUACUCGCGAAGUGCAGCACCAUAUUCGCAACAGCUACAGACACCUUCAUCAGGGACCGUAUUCCCUUUCCCAGAUCCGGUAGGGUCCGUGGCCUCUAUUGUAAACAGCAUGAGCAUGCCGACAUAUCCGGGCAGAUCAGUUUAUCCGGGAGCCGCCGACUGGGUGCAACGAGGAACGCCAAGCAUGUUUACGCCCGCUUUGCCUCAAGAAGGGCUUGCCAGCAUUGCAAAUAGCGUGGUACAGACGCUAGCUGCGGGUCCACAAGCCCUGUUCAGAGGACAAAUAGAUGGCGCUGCUGCCAACGAUAUCUGGGGGUUCGGCGACCUCGGGAACGUUCUGGCUAGAAACACUAACAACCUGUUGCAAACAGUCGGCGUCGGAAGCCUUCCUGGUUUAGGCAUUCCUCUCUGGUGAGCGCUGUGUCGAACUGACUACCUUUUUUGGGCUCCGAACCUGCAUACAAGUAUAGUGCAAGGAGGAAGGCCAUACAGAUUGCGGAGCAACCGAAACUAAUAAUAUUUGUUUCUUAAGGGUGGAGUAACAAGGUUGUAAUACAACAAUACCAUGUUUCGUUUACAUUGCCACGAGCUACGAGUUCCAUGGUAACGAAGCAGCAACAGCUCCAUAUUAUCCGAGGCAACGAAAGCAAACGUUAGACACCUAGUGGGCCGGUGUGGGUGUGAAACGAAACAGACUCUACGGCAUGUUUGUAUUGUAUGCUUGCGUAGAUAAUACUCUAGCGUCGUCGCCGUAGUGAUUUGCCAGUGUGGGUUGCCAGAAAGGGACAUCUUGUGUCAAACGGCGCAGUCUACCGCUGAAGCGCA